AAAAUGCAAGUUUUAAUCAAGACAUUGAGUGGUCAGCGUGUACCAUUUGACUUUGAGCCUGGUGACACUAUAGCUCAGGUUAAGCGCAGCAUCCAUGAAAAUGAGCCAUCAUUUGAUCUCCGUCAAAUGCGUUUAAUUUAUUCUGGCCGUCAUUUGAGCGACGAGUUAACACUUCGUGACUACAAGGUUAUUCCCGGCUCUACCAUCCACAUGGUUCUCCAACUUCGCGGUGGCUAGGUGC